AUGGCGGCAACAAAGCAUUGGAUUGUAAGCUUUCUUGUUUACAUCUUCGUCUGGUUGACGCCAGCUCGUGCCCAGAAUGCAUAUUACCGUUUGAACUAUGCCGACAGCUCGAUGCUUACUGGUUCUUCUCAAGAGUGUCUGGACACAUUCAACGCAAAUGUGUCAUGCAACCAGGCGAUUGGAUCGCUGUACGCGAACCUCUGGCCAGAUCUUGACCAGACCAUCCUGGAUGCCCUUUGUACCAGCACUUGCUUCAAUAGCCUUCAGGAGCACCGUAGCGCUCUCAUAUCGAGCUGUGGCUCCGAAGUCACAUAUUACAGUGUCUCGGAAGGCUCUACUUGGCCUGUCACGUACCUCACAGACAAGGCAAUCUACGGUUAUAAUCUCACAUGUCUGAGGCGAAGCGAUGAAUAUUGUAACCUGUGGUUCCAGGACGGCGCCAAUAAGGCCGAGAACCCGGAGCCAACGGCAACGGCAGACUGUACCAGCCAAUAUGAGGUGCAGAUUGACGACACAUACUUGAGUGUUUCUCUAUCUCAGGGUGUAGCAACACAUGAUCUAAUCACUGCCAACGGCCUGAAUUACAGCCUGGCAGACUUCCCCACCUCUGGAACCCUAUGUAUCAGAAACCAAUGCACCGUCUACGUGAUCGAAGAGAGCGAUACUUGUCACAGCAUAAGCGAGGCACAAGACAUUAGUCAAGCUUCGCUGCGGUCUUGGAAUCCAUUUAUCAACGGUCUAUGCAGCAACAUUGACCUUUUCGCGGGCCAGACCCUGUGUUUGACAAACCCUCUUGGCGAGUACGGCCUUGUGAACAACACGGACAGCGCAACAUACACCGACCCGGCUGUAGUCCCUUCCAAUGUUGCCCCAAACACUACUACCAAUUGUGGGCUCUACCAUGAGGUGCAAGCUGGCGAAGACUGCGGUACAGUCGAGCUCAAGUAUGGCAUUUCGUUAGGCGACCUCAUCUUCCUAAACCCAAUGGUCGAACAGAACUGCACCAACCUGUGGGCCGACACCUCGUACUGCGUGGCGCCUGUUGGCAAGAUUGAAGACUACCCAGGCUAUGUUGAGGAGACUCCGGACUAUACCUUUGAGCCGGAGGAGACCACGGAGGUUGAGUACGUGGACCCCUGGGUCGAGAGCGGAGACUCCAUCGUCAUCCCGCUGGCCAAUAACACCCGCGACGACUGCUGGGAAUACUUCUGGUGGAACGACUCUCUCAGCGCCCCGAACACCUGCUGGGAGGCGGCCCAAUCGAACGAGCUUAGUAACGAGCAGUUCGUCCUGUGGAACCCCAGUCUGGACCAGAACGCCGAAGAUGCGGCAAGUAAGACGUACGACUACGACUGCACGCUGGCUCCGAGCGUCUCGUACUGCCGCGUGCUCGCCAGCCCGACCCCGGCAGCGGCAACAACCGCGGUCCCGGUCUCCCCACGCGCGGCCGGCGAGAUCGAGGGAUGUACGAGAUGGUUCCUCGCAGUGCUUUCUUGCGACGCCCACGUCCUCCUGCUACGCAUGAGCUUUGACUGGUUCUACGAAUGCAACCCCUCUGUAGGUGCAGACUGUUCUGGUUUCGUUACGGGAACGUACUACUGCUACUCCACUUCGGAGGAGGGCUCGUACCCCUUCAGCAGCACCGACUCCGAGACAGGGACGACCACAACAGGUGCCACGCCCACCACGGUGGACACGGCCACGACCACAGCCGCGAGGACGGGCGUCGUCACACCCACGCCUACUCAGAGCGGCAUGGUAUUGGGUUGCACCAGCUUCUACAAGGUGGUGACUGGUGACGGAUGCUGGGCCAUCGCCAACGAUCAUGGGAUCACCCUCGACGAGCUCUACGAGUGGAAUCCAGCACUAGGCUCCGACUGCAGUACACUUUGGCCUGACUACUACGUCUGUAUCGGUGUGGACGGCGCUGCUGGCACCACCACCACGAUGUCCGGUGCGACUACGGCUACCAGCAUCACCACUACGCCCAUGCCAACGACAACGUCCAACGUCAGCACCGACGGAACGUGCGGCACUGCAGCAAGAGAUAUGUCGUGCGCCGGCUCAGCAUUUGGCGACUGCUGCUCCUCCAGCGGGUACUGCGGCUCCGGUUCGACCUAUUGCGGCAGCGGGUGUCAGAUGGCCUUCGGCAUCUGUGAUGAGGAUGGUGGUAUUGUUGUUAGCCCGGAUGGAACUUGCGGCGGUGACAAUGCCUACAGUUGCGCCGGCUCUCAGUUCGGAUCCUGCUGCUCCCAGUGGGGAUACUGCGGCAGCAGCAGUGAUAACUGUGGAACUGGCUGCCAGUCGGAUUUCGGAACCUGCACUUAA